ACAUAGUGAAUCAUUGAGCGUUUUAUUGAAUUGCGAGUUGAACAAAUGAAGAGGGUACUUCGAAGUCACAGUAUUUGGUACCUACCUACGCGAUCGUGAAAUUCUAUUAAUUAAGUAGUGAAAAUUGAUUAAUUUUUGUAAAAUAAUUGUUUUUUAGUCAUUUUAAUUCUAUUUCAUUAAAUUAUUUCAAUAAUUUCGCGAUGGCUAAUGCAGAGAAUCCGAUUUAUGCGCCGUUUUUCGGUGUAAUGGGCGCGUCUUCUGCGAUGGUAUUGAGUGCAUUGGGAGCGGCUUAUGGAACAGCGAAAUCUGGCACCGGUAUCGCAGCCAUGUCAGUGAUGAGGCCAGAAGCAAUCAUGAAGUCGAUUAUUCCCGUCGUUAUGGCUGGUAUUAUUGCCAUUUACGGAUUGAUUGUAGCAAUUCUGGUGAUCAGUGCUAUCGAUGGUCCAGAAAAAUACACUUUAUACAAGGGUUUUCUGCAUUUAGGUUCAGGAAUAUCUGUCGGUUUUAGCGGUUUGGCUGCCGGUUUUGCUAUUGGUAUCGUUGGUGAUGCUGGUGUCAGAGGUACCGCCCAACAACCUAGACUUUACGUAGGAAUGAUUUUGAUUUUGAUUUUCGCCGAAGUCUUAGGUCUGUAUGGAUUGAUCGUUGCCAUUUUUGGAAUCGUAAAACAAACGUGAAGAAAUUAUGUUCGAUUUAGAGUUGCACUCGUGUAAAUUUAUUAUUAAUAUUAUGUUCAUCCGUUGAUUUCUUUUUUGUUGUUGUUAAUUUUAAGGGCCCUUAAUGAAUAGGUCUACUUUCGAUUUGACGUUAUAAACUUAUUGUGUAAGUAAAGUAAAUAAGAUUAACUGUUGAAAAUUCUCCCCAUUUUUUUUUUCGUACCGGAUCAUGUCCAUUUUUCUCACUAAAAUGCCUUCAAGUCGAGCCGACUAUGUAUUAUUGCUGCUGAGAGGAAAGCAGAGUUUCAAACAGAUUACUCCUCCCUUUGUCUGCCCCUUUCCAAAAACAUCACAUAAACCAAAAAAUUACUCGUUUAUGUGGUGUGUUAGUGGUUUUUUCCUCCGUUCAGUUAAUGCACUCUUAUUAUUAUUAUUUCGAAAUGAUACAGUGAAAGUAGGUACCUAAAGUCUUCAAGAGUAAUUUUUCAUUAAAGAUGAAGGAGGGGAAUAAAUAGAUAGGUUCCUAGCAUCCUAGCUGUUACAGAAUCGCCAAAAUUUGAAAUAAGCAAUAGUGUUAUUUUUUUAUUCGUAUGUUUUGUAGAAUGAUGUCAGAUACGAAUCUCCAAAAUAGGAAAUAUCCCCACUUCCAUUCUACACUCUUCGCACAGGCUAUGGAUUUAUACUUGAAUUUUCUCAAAUUUUUGAAACAUAAUUGGAAAGUAACCAUGUACUUACCUUUCCAAAUGAUCCGUCAAAAAUUGAUCAAUUGAAUCGAAUUUAUACUUUUGAAGAACUAUGUAGGUAUUUUGCAUGAUGCCUGCCUAAAUUUGAAAAAAAAACUUGGCAACACAAUUCUAUGCCUAUCUUGUCAAAGAAAUUCGUUGAUUAUUUAGUUACCUACGAUCAAAUAUUUGAGAUAUUUUGAACUUUAUUAGAAAUUCCUCCCAAGCCCCUCCCAGUCGAUGGAUUAUUUACUUUGAAGCUUUACCUUUCUGUAAUUGAAAUUCAUGUUGAUUUUACCUCAGGUAACAGUUUAAUUCUAAAAUAACCAAACGACAAUUUCCGUAAUGUUUUCAAGUAAAAAAUCCUCUCGGAGUAGGUAUUCAACUUGGUAUACAGGCCUGAGCAUCGGUAUCCUUUAUAAAAUUGUCAUUAAAAGUUAUUCGAGAAGCUUAGCAUCAUUUAAAUACGUAUCUAGGUAUUUGAAAAAAUUAAUUUCGUUUGUGUUUCCAUCAAAUUAUUUUAGUCUGCUUAUCGGUUACGAUAAAUUAUUCGAGUUCACUCGGAAUACCUACUUAGUAAAUAUCCUAAUGAAUGUGCAAGUACACGUUGUAUCUACAGAUUUUACUAUACACGCAUAAUUGUCACAUUGUUAGCAAAGUGUACGUAGGUACAUUUUGUAUUUGUAUGUGUAAUAUCAAUAUGAGCUUUAGUAAUAAGUGGUAUACAUUUCAUUCAUAAAUUAGGAAGCAAUUUAACGCAUUAUACGGUUAAGGUAACACGCAUUGUUGUAGGUAUUUCAAAUCAAAGGCGAAACGCCCACCCAUGCAAAGUAUCACACAGGUGUAUGGCUUGCUAUAGGUAUACUGAGAUCUUUAUCAAUCGUUCACAUUGUAAGAAGUAAAAAUCAACGUUUAUUUUGCACUUCAGCUUCGACCUGUUUACCAUUUGAUCUUUUUAAUGUAGAUAUAUCAAAUAACAUACUGGCUGUAGCAAAUUUGAUAUCAACAAGGAGUUCUGUCGUAUUCAUUUGUACAUUUAUCUACGUAUGAAUAAUUUUUACAAUUUGCUUUUUUAUGUUUACAAUUUCAUUGUGCACUCGAAUACGUCGAGUGAAACAAGCCUACUUGAAUGAAUACGUAUCAAAUUGAUGAAUUUGAACUAAUCGAGUAUAUUUCUGUAUUUGCAGCGUAAAUACACGAAUAUCCUAGUUUAAUUCACUUUCAUUAAUGUGAUGAAUAUUUACGAAAGUAGUCCUAUUUACACACUUGACGAUUUGAAUCGCUCAAUGGUUUUGUAAACAUAAGAAAGAAAUUGUUGAAAAUAUUACUAUAAUCAGUCUCCUAAAUGCCAAGGUAGGCCUACCUAUACAUAUAAUUUACACAGUCUUGUUAGUUUAUUUGGUAUUAUGCAUUAAAUAGAUCACUUGGCUUGUUUGAGUCAAGCCGAGGGGUAAAGAUAACUUUGCAAUAGAAAAUAUGAUAUAAGUGGUUGAAUGAUGGGUGAUGUUAAUUAGGUGUUUGAGAGAUCAAUUGCUUUGUAUCUGUUGACCGGUUGCAGAUACUUUGUGAUUGUUCUUAUUGCAUGUUACCUCUGAAAAAUAUUGCAGUCAAAUUGUUUCCUAACUUAUGAAUGAUAUUUACAACUCAGCCAAUACUUCAGUGUUACUGUGGAUGGAUAUAAACUGCCUGUACGAAAAAAAAUGAUUAAAAUACAUAUUUUCACAUUA